AUGGAGGGUGAGAAUAAUAAUGAGAUGAAUGAAGAGGGGUCGAAUGGGAAUAAUAGUAUUUCAUCAAGUUCACGAUGGAACCCAACAAAAGAACAAAUAAGUAUGUUGGAGAAUUUGUAUAAGCAAGGAAUAAAGACACCAAGUGCUGAAGAAAUACAAGAAAUCACUGCUAGGCUUAGAGUGUAUGGUCACAUCGAAGGAAAGAAUGUCUUUUACUGGUUUCAGAAUCACAAAGCAAGACAGAGACAGAAACAGAAGCAAGAAAGUAUUGCUUAUUUCAAUCGACUUCUUCAUAGACCUCAACCCAUUUAUCCUUCACCUAUUUGUCCAAAUGGUAUGUUCUCAACUUCUUCCUUUUUCUAG